AUGCUUUUUGAAAGGAGACCAAAAGGAAUCAGGGAUGGAAUCGUUGAAGAAUAUAACAAUGACAUUUCUGCCGAGGGAACAGAAGCAGCAAAGUCAACUUACGUUAUUAAAGGCGAUAAAGAGCAGUAUCCCUGUCGUGCUAAACCCCACACUCACCCUCCAACCCCUACACUCACCCUCCAACCCCAACACUCACCCUCCAAUCCCCACACUCACCCUCCAAUCCCCACACUCACCCUCCAACCCCAACACUCAACCUCCAACAUUCACACUCACCUCCAACACCCACACUCACCCUCCAACCCCAACAUUCACCCUCCAAUCCCCACAUUCACCCUCCAACCCUCACACCCACCCUUCAACAUUCACACUCACCCUCCAACACCAACGCUCACCCUCCAACCCUCACAGCCACCCUUCAACAUUCACACUCACCCUCCAACACCAACACUCACCCUCCAACACCCACACUCAGUUAUGACAGUUUCAUACAGGUUUGGUGUUGUAUUUGAGUGA